AUGCUAAAAUCUGUUGUAAUCAGACUUGAAAGAAGAGUCACAGAACAAGAAAAGGAAAUUAUUGAUCUAAAGGGACGAUCCAUGAAAAACAAUAUCCUUAUACAUAACCUGGAAGAAGAAGAAGGAGAAGAUCUAUUCAGCAAAAUUCCCCGCCUGCUUCAUGAAAAUCUAGAAAUAGAAGGAAUAGAGUUUGCUAAUAUCCAUAGGAAUGCGGGUGACAGAAGGCAAGGAGGUAAGCCCCGAGCUAUAACAGGCCGGUUGGUGAGAUUUGAGAAUAAAGAUCGUAUAUUGAAGCAGCAGAGAAAAAAGAAAGAUGAAGGUGUUCAACUACCGUUCUACAUCACACCUCAGUCACCCGUUCAAGUAAAUGAAACGCGUAAAAAGCUGGUGGAACUAAAUAGUAAAUAUUGGAGUGAAAAUAUCAAAACGAGAGUUGUUGGAGACAAGCUUGUUUUUCCCAAUGGGUCUGUUUACCGAGAUAAAGUAAAUACACCAAAAGCAGAAGAAAUUUUACAAAUUGACCAGAAAGAACAGCAGAAGCUAGAGGAAAUCGAAGUUAAACGCUCCAACACUCUCUCAGAAUCAGGAAAUCAAAUUAGCGCAGCUGCAGUUGAGGUAGAGACAUAUGCAAAAGUUCGGAACUUCUAUAGGAAAAUUUCCAUGGAUCCAGUUUAUGGGCGUGCCAAUCACAAUAUACUGGUAUACCGUUUUAAAGACAAUUCUGGGACUAUACAUGACGGAUACUGUGAUGACGGCGAAUUUGGAGCUGGAAGGAAAAUGCUUAAAAUUCUGCAAGAUCAAAACUUGACAAAUGUGUCCGUUGUGAUAUCGCGCAUGAUGGGAAAGCAUCUUGGUCCGAAACGCUUCGAUAUAAUGGAGAAAGCGUUAUUUGACGCCCUCAAAGAACUUUUGUAG